AUGUUACAUGACGGCCAGCUGAAGUUGAACGUAAAGAAGUGUGAGUUUGGGAAGGAGGAGUUAGUGUAUCUCAGAUUCAUUGUUGGUGGUGGACAAUGGAAGAAUGAUCCAAGGAAGGUUGAAGUGAUCACUAAGUGGCCUAGACCUAGUACUGUAACUGAAAUCAGGAGUUUCUUAGGGGAUUGUACUUACUUGCGUAAGUUUAUCCGACAUUUUUCAAAUAUUGUAGGACCAUUACAUGGUUUGACCGGAGCUAAGGAAAAGUUUGAAUGGCAGCAAACCCAUGAAGACGCUUUUCAGUUACUAAAAAAGGAAGAUUUCAGAAGCAGCAGUGCUGGCAUUGCCUAA